GGAAAACCCAGAUACGCCCUUAUCUCCCACUCUCACUCUAGGGUUUAUCAGAGCCCCAAACCCUCAUCGCGAUCGACCAUGGCGACCCAUUUCUUCUACCGCUCGCUUCCCAAGACCCAAGCCAUGGCUUCAUUUCUCUCUCGUUCCCUCACCACCGCCACCUCCGCCGCUUCCCUAUCCACCGCCGCCCGAUCUCGCUCUUCUUCGCUCUCUCUCCUCCACCGCCUCCGCCCCCUCGCCGGAGUCAUGGCCUCCGCCGGCAGGCUCUCUCCUGCCAUCGUCCGGUGCUUGUCCACCAGAUCGACCACGUCGUCGCUCAGAGACCCAAACCCUAACUGGUCGAACCGGCCUCCCAAGGAGACGAUCCUCCUCGAUGGGUGUGACUUCGAGCACUGGUUGGUUGUCAUGGAGCCCCCUCAGGGUGACAUCACUAGGGAUGAGAUCAUCAAUAGCUACAUCAAAACCCUAGCUACCGUCGUCGGAAGUGAGGAAGAAGCUAGAAUGAAGAUCUACUCAGUUUCAACUAGGUGCUAUUAUGCAUUUGGGGCACUUGUAUCUGAAGAGGUUUCACUCAAAAUCAAAGAGUUGCCUGGAGUCCGUUGGGUACUUCCUGAUUCUUACUUGGAUGUUAAGAACAAAGAUUACGGAGGUGAACCUUUUAUUAAUGGCCAAGCUGUGCCAUAUGAUCCCAAGUACCAUGAAGAAUGGAUAAGAAACAAUAGUCGAGCAAAUGAGAGAAAUAGACGUAAUGACAGACCUCGUAACUUUGACAGAUCCAGGAACUUUGAAAGGAGGAGGGAAAAUACCGGUCCAUCUCCUAUGCCUAAUCAAGCUGGCCCAAAUUCGGGACCUGGACCUGCCAACAUGGGUCCUCCACCCCCCAACAGGGGUCCUCCACCUCCCAACAUGGGUCCAGGCCCGAUGCCUCCCAACAUGGGUCCUCCACCCCCCAACAGGGCUCCAAUGCCGCCUCACAACAUGGGUCCACCAAACAACUACAAUAAUCCCCCGCCAAGCAGCAACUGGAACUCUGGGCCUCCCAACAACUACAAUCAGGCACCUCCCAACAACUACAAUCAGGUGCCUCCCAACAACUACAAUCAGAUGCCUCCCAAUAACCUGGGAGGGGUGCCACCAAACAACAUGGGUCCGCCAUCUAAUGCAGGAUGGAAUGGUGCUGGACAAUACCAGAAUAACUACACGCCAGAGAGGGACGGUGGAGCCAAUCCUGGCCCAAACCGUUACUAAGUUUGAGGCUAGCUAUAUGGUAUGAUGAGUCUUGUAGGCAUGGUGUAGAUAAACGAGGUUGCUCGAGAUGGGCCGUAGGUUGGCAUAUUGGUGUGGUCUUGAAUGAUAUUUUGUUUGGCAAUAUAACUGUGGUCGGAACCUGGUUGCCUUUCAUCUGAAUAUUAUUACAUUUUCGAGGUCAUAUCUUAUGCGAUUAGUCGUGUCUUACUUUGGUACACGGUAUGAGUUAGUGAACAUAAUGACAGAAGGCAGACUGUCUGGUGAUCCUGUUUAGAUGGAACAUGUUAAUUUGCAGUCUACUGUGAUGAUUGCCUGUGU